GUUCGGAUCGGACAAAACCGAGGCGACUCCUACUAGUACUACUACGUACAGUCGGGGACUGUGGCGACCGCUUCUUGAUGAUCCUGACAUUCUCGACAAUACUAGUAAUGGCACCAAAUUGUCUUUCGCUUCCGCACUCUUUCACUGGCAUCGUUUGUAGGCUAGCGGGUCCAUAUUUGGCUUCAUGCACCUGUGCUUGUGCGUUUUUUUCAGCUGAAAAGGUCACGGAGCUAAUUUGGCUACCACGCCCGUGUGCUUGCCACAGAUCGGUAUUUCCUCGACAUGCAAUGCAGAGAGAUUCCCAUCAGCGAUCUGUUCACAGGUUCAUUGAUGCCGCAAACAGCGCAAGGUUAGGAAUACUUUUGUGUUUCCCGGAAGUUGAGGUCACCUUUGACCGAGGUCAAAAGAAGGGUAGCCUAUUCGGUUUGCAAGGUUACCGCCACUGCCACACGCAUUUCGGCGAGCUUUUAUGUUGGCUGCUGGCUCAAAAAUGAGCAAACAAUC